AUGAGAAUUAGAUUUUUAGAUGCUCGAUAUGCUGGAUCAUCUAAUGAUUCCCUAAUUGGGAAUAUUAGCAGUGUGAAACAAGUUCUUCGUCAACGUUACGAUGCUGGUGAGAGAAAUUGUUGGCUUUUAGGUAAUAUUAAAAAAAGUCAUAUUGUGAAUAAUAUUCUUAUUGGAUUUUAUAAAAACAACAAACAUGUUAAGGCCAGAAAUAUUGUAGAAAGAACAAUUGGUGUUCGUUUUCGCUGUUUACUUGAAGCUCGCCAGCUUCAUUAUAAACCUGAAAAAGCAACAAAAAUUGUAAACGUUUGUGCGGCAUUUCAUAACGUAUGUAUAGAAUAUCACACUGAUAUUGGAAACGACUCGGGGAUUUUAAAUAAUUCUGAAAAUAUGAGUAAUAAUUUUGAAGUUGAUCACACCGAAAAUUCACAAAAUACUGAAGCUUCAGAGAUAAGAGAACAAAUAAAAGCAAGUUUUCUGUAA